AUGAAUGUGUCCACUGUUGGUCUUACUAUCUUAAUUACUGCUCUUUUAUCAUUCUCAUCGGUUAAAUCUGAGCUACCGGCAUGCUUUCAAGGAAAGUUUCGACCCAUUGAAGGACCACCGGCAUUGGAUGCUUAUACUCAAAUCAAUAUAUAUUUGUAUCACGGCAGAAAGACCUAUCUUGUGAUACCUGCCUUCACGUAUAAUCAAAUGAUUUCUCUUUUCGACGAAGACUGCAAUUAUAUUUGUGCUCCUUUUGGUGGUUUUACAGGCCUUGGUGACGGUAAAUGCGUAGAUUUUAAAAGAGAUGCAAAACCAUCAGGUACUAUCUGGGCUGGUUUACCUUUUAAAUAA